UGUAGACUAGUUCACGUGGUCUGAUGUCCAUCCGCGCCGUGUGUGGCGAGAAACGGGCGGUGUCGCGUACCAUGGCACUGACUGGGUGGAUUUCGCCCCACAGCGGCUUGAACGAUAGCUCUGGCCUGUACCUACUCAUCGCGAGUUUACGUGCGAUCAGGCGAUGUCUGUGCAAGGAGUUAUGACCGGAACGUCGCUGACACCCCCCCGGUAAGUUGCGGAGCCCCCUAUUUUCGGCUCUUUCUCCGCAACCACUUGGCCGAUUUGACCCAAAAUGGUAUGGGCUGAUAGCUGCGGGCCGUGGCUACACAGCGCAUUUUGUUGUACGCUGAUUGGAGCCCUGUGGGCCAAGAAAUGGUAGGUGUCGUUUAUAAGGAAGUACGACACCGGUGUCGUAUAUAACACUA